AUGGCGCCGCCCGUGGACCCGGCGCAGGUUUUGGUUACCUUCAAGGAUGUGGCCGUGACCUUCACCCAGGAAGAGUGGGGACAGCUGGACCUGGACCAGAGGGCCCUGUACCAGGAAGUGAUGCUGGAGACUUGUGGGCUUCUGGUCUCACUGGGGCAUCCGAUUCCCAAACCAGAGUUGACCCAUCUACUGGAGCACGGGCGGGAGCUAUGGACAGGAAAGAGAGGCCUCUUCCGUAGCACCUGCUCAGGUGACAGUGCAAAACUUCAGACCAGGGACCCAAGCACUUCUCAGCUGGUUUUGUCUGAGGGAGCCUUGCUCCAGGGAAGCCUGACUCAGGGAUCUUCAAGGGACUCCAGGUUGGCGCACACCAGGGAUUGGGAAGGGCUUUUGGAAAUGCAGAAAGGUCAACUGAAGCCUGGGACAGAUGCUCAAAAGGAGACCCAUCUUGGGAGAAUGAGCCUUGAAGAUGAUGGUUUGGGGACAGAUGAUAGUCUGCACUCUCAGGGACACGUUCUCCGUGAAUGUGACCCACAGGGACCAGGUAAAGGCCGCAUGAUUCAUGCAGGGAAUAAUCUCUACAAAUGCAAGCAGUGUGGGAAAGGUUUUAGCCGGAAGUGGUACCUUGUUCGACAUCAGCGGGUUCACACUGGAAUGAAGCCCUAUGAAUGCAAUGCGUGUGGGAAAGCCUUUAGCCAGAGCUCAACCCUUAUUCGGCACUACCUCAUUCACACCGGGGAGAAACCAUACAAGUGCAUGGAGUGUGGGAAGGCCUUCAAACGCAGGUCCUACCUCAUGCAGCACCAUCCGAUUCACACCGGAGAGAAGCCCUACGAGUGUAGUAAGUGUCGAAAGGCCUUCACCCACCGCUCUACUUUUAUUCGGCAUAACAGGACCCACACCGGAGAAAAGCCCUUUGAGUGCAAAGAAUGUGAGAAAUCAUUCAGCAACAGAGCACACCUGAUUCAGCACUACAUCAUCCACACUGGAGAGAAGCCCUACGAGUGCAUGGAGUGUGGGAAGGCCUUCCGAUGCAGCUCAGAACUCAUGCAGCACCAGCGGGUUCACACUGGGGAGAAGCCCUAUGAGUGUGCCCAGUGUGGGAAAGCCUUUCAUCGGAGCACGUACCUCAUUCAGCACUCCAUCAUCCACACGGGGGAGACGCCAUACAAGUGUCUGGAGUGUGGGAAGGCCUUCAAACGCAGGUCACACCUCCUGCAGCACCAGCGGGUUCAUACUUGAGA